GAUCAAAUAUUAUAUCUCGAUGUAUCUAAACCAUUUAAUACCGCAAAUCCGCCAUUUGAAGUCCUAAAUGUAUCAAUUCCAUUUGGAAGUUCAUUUGCAACAGCAUUCCUUAGCCCUCAAAAAGAUGUAAUCUAUUUAUUUGGAGGAACUACGAGGGAUGUAAAUACCAAUGUAUUUAAUAAUAUUAAAUCAGUUUUAUAUUCGUUUAAUUUAGAAACUAAUGAAUGGACUAUACCAACAACAAAUGGAAUUGCACCUGAAAAUAGAAGAUUAAUUAAUGGUGUUAUUAACAAUGAAAAUGGAAAAUUUUAUGUUUUUGGUGGAUAUGAAUAUAUUUGAUACUAUUUCUUUAACCUGGUCAAAAGGUCCUAUAGAAAAUGCUCCACUUCCUCGUAUAAGCUAUACUGCUACUUUAUUAUCUAAUGGAAUUAUUGUUUACAUUGGUGGGACGGAAAUAUAUUUAAUUGACAUAAAUCAGCUUUCCCUUUAUGACACGAAAGUUGACCUAUGGUCAUCAAUGACUGCACGAGGUGCUAUUUUGGAAAAUCGUUAUUCACAUUCUGCAGUUCUAACAUCAGAUGAAAGAAUAAUUAUUUUUGGUGGAAGUAGAAAUGAAAAGCCAGUUCUAAAUCAACUUGCUGUACUAAAUACAAAAGUAGUCCCAUAUGAAUGGUCAAUUCCAACACCACCUUUAACAACUCAUUUACAUUCUGCUACAUUAGUUGGAAAUUAUAUGUUUAUAAAUUUUGGUAACCAUUUUUUUAUAUUCUUGA